GCUAAUUGUUUAUUCCGUUAGCUGGCUAAUGACAGCUUAAGGGCAAUCCUAGUCGACCCGCAGUGUUUUAAACUCCUACAUAGUCUACUUUUAAUUGAUAUCUAAACAUAGAGGUUCAGCUAAUGACUUUUAUUAGAUAGGGAACUACACUUGCUACCUCAGGUUGCAACAAUGACUCGUGAUCUGAUGCCAGUAGAGGAACUGCCCCAAUGGGUGGGAGCCAAAGAGUUCCAUCAGAAGUACGAGCCCAAGGAGGUCAUCGGCAGGGGUGUAAGCAGCGUGGUGCGAAGGUGUGUAAACAAACACACAGGACAAGAAUUUGCAGUAAAGAUUAUUGAGAUCACAGCUGAGAAGAUGACUCCUCAGCAGUUGGAGGAGGUAAAGAGUUCAACACUGAAAGAGAUUCACGUUCUAAAUGUGCUGAAAGGACACCCAUCCAUCAUCACACUUAUUGAUUCCUACGAGUCUGCGACCUUCAUCUUUUUGGUAUUUGACCUCAUGAGAAGAGGAGAGCUGUUUGACUACUUGACAGAAAAGGUUACUCUCAGCGAAAAAGAGACCAGGAGCAUGAUGCGUGCUCUACUGGAGGCAGUCCAGUAUCUACAUUCCCUUCAUAUCGUACAUCGAGACCUCAAGCCUGAAAACAUCCUCCUCGAUGACCAGGGUCACAUUAAACUAUCGGACUUUGGCUUUUCAGUACAGUUGGAACCUGGAGAAAAGCUAAGAGAGCUGUGUGGCACUCCCGGAUAUCUUGCACCUGAGAUUCUGAAAUGUUCAAUGGACGAAACACAAGACGGAUAUGGGAAAGAGGUUGACUUGUGGGCUUGCGGUGUGAUUUUGUUUACGUUACUUGCUGGAUCUCCUCCCUUCUGGCACCGGAAACAGAUGCUGAUGCUACGAAUGAUCAUGGAGGGUCGGUAUCAUUUUAGCUCUCCGGAGUGGGAUGACAGGUCUGAUACUGUCAAGGACCUGAUCUCAAGACUUUUAGUGGUUGAUCCCAUAGUUCGUCUGACGGCUGAACAAGCAUUAACUCAUCCUUUCUUCCUUCAGUACCAAAAGGAUGACGUACGACACUUCAGUCCCAGAAAGACCUUUAGGGUGUUAAUCUUGACAGUCUUGUCCUGUAUUCGUAUGUACUGUCGAUACAACCGGGCCAGACCUCUGACACGAGAAAUCCUAAUGAGGGAUCCUUACUCUUUACGAGCUGUGCGCAAACUCAUUGACGGCUGUGCUUUCCGUAUAUACGGACACUGGGUCAAGAAAGGAGAACAACAGAACCGAGCUGCUCUUUUUCAGAACACCACUAAAAUUGUUUUACUUGGUCUUGAGGAGCUUGAAAGCUAAAUGUAUUUUAUUGAUUUUUAACCUUUUCACUAGGAGUUAGAAUAAUAAUAUUUUUAAAUUUCUAUUAAUACAAUUCAGGGAACUUAUAUAUUAAUCCAGUCACGCACAUGCAUACACUCAAACCAAAAUAGAAUUAUUUAUUCUUGAUUAAUGACGGUACUUUUUUCAUUGUUACAUGUAAGUUAUUAAGCUCAAUUUCAGAUUUUAAGCUAUUGUCUUUUCUAGUAUCUAAUCUUAAACUUUAUAAAUGUUUAUACAUCAUACAUAAAUUACUUCAGGUGUAUUAGGUCUUUUUUAGUUGUGCUUAUAAUUGAAUCAUUUAUGGAGAAUAGUUUAUAGUUUGAUCAAGUGGAGCUAAAAAAUUUGGAGAAACUAAAUGCUCAAAUAUUAUCAGUCACGAUAACGCAUUCCUGUUCACUUUGUGAUUUUUUAAUGAUAUUUGAGUCUUUUUCAUUUAAUAAUCAAAAACCAUGUUUUCAUCACUGAGUACUGUAUUAACGUAAGAUUAGUCUUUAAUUUGUCAAGAUUGCUGUUCUAUAUUCAUAUAUAAUUUAUCUGUUUUAAUAUUCUGAAUUAUUUAAAUAAAUCUUCACUUAUUAGGUAAAAAACUGAAAAAGUGAUUUGUUUAAAAAUAUUUAAUUAAACUUCUUUUAACAAAAAGACAAAAAAAUCAUGACAAUAAAUUGACAGGCCUUAUACAUUUU